AUGAAUGUUCUACAUUAUUCAUUAAGUUUAAGUGCUUGUCCAAAAUGUCGUUUAUUUAUUUGUAAACAUACAAGUCUAGCCGAUCUUGAUUUGAAUUUCACUGAACAACAACAAUCAAUUACUGAAUGCAACAAUACUCAAAUUUCUUUUGAAAAUAAACUUGAAAAUUCUUAUCAACAACGUUUAUUACAUGGUACAAAUUUUUAUAUAAUUCCAUCAAUAACAAAUGAUAAUAAUCGUCAUAGUUGGACAACAUUUGGUACAAAUUCUAUUGAAAGUACAAAUACAUUUCAUAAUUUAUCAUCAAAUAAUGAAACAAUAUGUGAAAAUAUUCCAUUUGCAAAUGAAAAUAUAAUUAAUUCAUUGUUACCGCCAACAAGAAAUCAAAUUGCUCGAACACAAUCAGAAAAAUUUGAUAAAAAAUUUCAAAAAUCAAUUUAUUUAACUAAAAGUUUUUCAUUCUCAACUUUAUAUAACAAAUCAUCAUCAUUACUUCCUUCUUUAAAACAUAAUGAUCAUUUAUUAACUAAAUCAUAUUCAUAUUCAAAUAGAUCUCUUCUAAUUAUUCUUAUUCUUAUAUUAUCAUUUCUUAUUACAAAUACAAUUGAUAUUGUUCUUCUUUAUAUUUACUAUCAUACUAAUUAUAUAUAUUUAAUUAGUUUUAUUAGUAUACUUAUUUUAUGUGAUACAAUCUUAUGGAUAAAUAAUUUAAUUCAAUUAAAUAUUUUACCAUCUUGUUUAUUAUUAUUACCAUUUAGUAUACGUCCCUAUUUGCUUUAUGAACUGGUUGAAUUAUUGACAAUUAUAUUUGAUAAAAAUUAUAAUAGACAAAUAUUAAAUUUAUCAUCAUCAUCAUCAUCAUCAUCAACAACAACAUUUGAAACAAAUAUAUCACAUAGAAUAGAUUCAUCUAUGAUACAUUAUUUAUCAUUAUAUAGAACAAAAAAACGAAGAUUAUUUCAUUAUUUGACCUUAUUCUAUGUUGUUCAUACAGGAUUUUUAGCUUUUAUUAAUAUUUAUUAUUGGUCAAAUAAUUUUCAACAAUCAACUAAAUCUUUAUUAAAUAUGAAUUAUUUUAUUCCUCAAUGGAUAUCAAAUAAUGAUUAUUUAUCAUCAACAUCAAUGAUAAAUACAAUUCCUAGUUAUUCUUCGUUAGCUCACUGGCAAAUAUCUGAUAAUGAAGGUAAGUAUUUAGCUCGUCGAACAAUGUCGUCAAAUUGGACUCAAUUCUUAUUUUCUUCAUUUAAUCCAGUUUCUAUCCAUCUUCGUCCUUCAUCAGCAUUUGUUUUAAUCAGUAUUUUAUAUUAUUUAAUAAUAAAUUAUUCUCUUAUAUCAACAUUUCUUAUUCUUGAACGAUUUUCAUUUAAUAUCAUUUUAUCAAUUUUAUCAAGAUUAUGUUUAAUUGUUACACGUAUUUAUACAUUUAUCUUUCUUCUUCAUUUUGAUAAUUGGUGGUUAUCAAUGAUAUUUAUCAUUGUACAUUUGACUCUAAUGAUUACGCGACUAUUUUAUCGAUCAAAAUUUAAACAUACACAAAAUACAAUGUUUUUACAAAUGAUAUUUUCUUUAAUAACACAUUAUUCAAUUGAUGAUAUAUUAAUUAAUGUAUUGAUAUCAUUGGAAAAUCUAUGCAUAUUUCUAUAUCGUCUUUAUCUUGAAACAUUUUCUUUUAGUCAUAAUGAAACAACAUUACGUUUAAUUAUUUUCAUCUCAAUACUUAUGUCAUUACAAAUUAUUGGUUUUAUAUUUCAUAUUCUAUCAAAAAAACUAUUUAAAUUAUUAGCAAGUAGUAAAGAAGGAAUUCGUUUACAAGUUUUAAAAUUAUUAGGAUUUUUUCUUCAUCGUAGUACAAUUAAACGUAAAACAGAUAGUAUGCAACCAUAUAAUCUAUUUUCAUUAUUGGCUGAUCGACUUUUACUUAACCCAAAUGGUUUUAUAAUGUCAACUUAUAAUAUUUUAUUUGAAAUACUUGUAGAAAAAGUUAGUAAACCUAUUGUUGAAAAAUGUAGUGUAGAAAUUACUAGUGAUUGGGAAAUUGAAAAUCCAUUCAUAAUUAAAGUAAUAGCAACAUUACUUCGAAAUUCACCAGAUAAUAUCCAUUUAUAUGCUAUAAAAUCUCGUUUUCUUGAUCAUAUGAUUUUACUUUCAUUAGCAAGUCGAGAAAAUCGAAAUGAAUCAACUAAACCAAUAACUGAUUUUAUUAGUCAUUCAGAGCAUCAAAUAUUUUGUGCUAAUGUCGUACAUAUAAUAUCUCAAAUGUCUGAAGUUUUAUGUAAUGCAUAUGGUGGUCUUUUAUCAUUACUUUCUAGUGCAACAUCAGCAUCAGUAAAAUUAAUUUUUAUAAUUUCUAUAAAUUUCGUUCUUUUAGAUUUAUUUAUUCUUGCAAAUAGUUCAAAUUUUUCUGAACUUGAACAAGAAAAAAAUAUGUCAAAUGGAAGAAUGUUAAGACAAUAUCUUCGUUUAACAAUGACACUAGCAGUUUGUCAUCGUAUAGAAUAUCAUUUUCAACGAUUUGAUCGAUCAUUAAUAUCAAAAACUUCUGAAUCAACAUCACAAACAAAACCUUCAAUGAAAGAUCCAAUUGAAUCAAUAAUUGAAUUAACCUAUUUAUUAAAUUCACCACUACAAAAAAAUGAUCUUGAUGAAAAUAUUGAAAGUUUACUUGCAACAUUUAUAAUAAUCCUGAAUCAGUUUUACAAGAUAUUGAUAUUCAACGUUUAUGCACUAUUAUCUAUUGUGAUGUAG